AUGAGAAUUCAAAUUUCACUAGUAUUGUUGCUGGUCCUUUUUGGACUGGUCAAUUCAGCCGAGAGAAGAUAUGGUAGAUUUGGAUUAGUUGAGAAAACCAUUGAUCCAAGAUCUAUGACCCAAGUUUUUGGAAUUCCAACACCAGUGGACCCUAGUUUGGUGCCAGCACAAGCAUCAUUUUGUCCAAUUUUCAACUCUAGUCCAAAAUUAGUUGGUUGGACCACAACCGGAAUGGCUGGAAAACCUCAGCCUCCAAAUAUCUUUGUAAAUGGAACUGCAGGAAAACCAACAUACUUUGGAAAUACAUUGAUUGCCCAGGAUCCAUGCUUCAAUAAUCAAACUCUAAUUAACUUUAUCAGAGCCAACACUUUAAAUACUUUAGUACAUUCUCAUUGUCAUGCUUGCUGCGCAGAUGAUGAUAGUUCCGAGAUUACAAUGGAUUUGGAUUUCCCAGUUGAUAAUAUGUGUAUUUUAAUUGGUGGAAUUAGUGGUGAUAAGCAUGUAGAGUUUUCUGCUUACAAUCAAGGCAGACUACUGAAUAUGCAAGGUUGGAAUGCUAUGGUUGGAUAUUUCUCUACCGCCGCUGCAUAUGAAACCAUUGUCUAUAAAGACGAUGUUGAUAGUAUCGAUAUUGGAUGCUUUGGUGACGAAACCUCUGUCAACCCAGCAUACGUAAUUCUCCAACCAAACGAUAGAAUCGAUAAAAUGAAAUUUAAAUUCACUUCGUUUGCCGAUGCAGCUUAUGUAUAUUACAGUUUGAUUGAGUGUAAGAAUAAGAUUGAACCGACCACCGCUAACUCAUCUAUUUCCACCGGUCACACCAUCACUGGUGUCAUCACUGGUUCCACAGCCGAAACUAUUACCCAAUUCACAUGGCAACAAUCCACAACAUCAUCUAUUACCGGUUCAAUCUCUGGAACUACCGGACCAGUUUCCACUGGUCAAACUGUAACUGGUAUGAUUUCUGGUUCGACUACAGCCACCACCACUAUUACCACUGGUCAGAGUGUAACCGGUUUCAUUUCUGGAACCGUAACUGGUCAAUCCACUACUGGUCAAUCUACUACUGGACCGUCCUCAAUCACCACUGGUCAGUCUGUAACAGGAUUCAUUUCUGGAAGCGUAACUGGUCAAUCUACUUCAGGUCAAUCUGUAACUGGUCAAUCUACUUCAGGUCAAUCUGUAACAAGUCAAACCAGUACAGGACAGUCGGUCACUGGAUUCAUUAGUGGAAGUGUAACGGGACAAUCUGUAACGGGACAUUCUGUAACGGGACAUUCUGUAACUGGACAAUCUGUAACUGGCCAAAUCUCUACUCAAACCGGUACUGGACAAUCGGUUACUGGAUUCAUUAGUGGAUCUGGAUCAGUAACCGGUCAAACCUCUACUCAAACCGGUACUGGACAAUCGGUUACUGGAUUCAUCAGUGGAUCUGGAUCAGUAACUGGCCAAACCUCUACUCAAACCGGUACUGGACAAUCUGUUACCGGAUUCAUUAGUGGUGGAUCAUGUGGCGGUGGUCAGUCAUCUUGCCAAACCCUUACUGUUUCUGGACAAUCAGCCACAGGACAAUCGGUAACUGGAUUCAUCAGUGGAUCUGGUUCCAGUGGUCAGAGCGUUACUGGUUCUGGAACUGUAACCGGUCAAUCAGUGACUGGAUUCAUUAGCGGUUCUGGAUCGAGCGGUCAAUCUGUUACUGGCCAAAGCGUUACUGGGCAAUCAGCCACCGGACAAUCGGUAACUGGAUUCAUCAGUGGAUCUGGAUCCAGUGGUCAAAGUGUUUCUGGUCAAUCCGUCACUGGCCAAAGCGCUACUGGACAAUCGGUAACUGGAUUCAUUAGUGGAUCGGGGUCAAGUGGUCAGUCAUCAGGUCAAUCCGUUACUGGACAAUCUGUCACUGGAUACAUCAGUGGAUCUGGAUCGAGUGGUCAAAGCGCUACCGGACAAUCGGUAACUGGAUUCAUCAGUGGUGGAUCCAGUGGUAAAACCAGCUGGAAAUAA